AUGUAAGGAAAAUAGUUAUUUUUUAUAAAAUUUUUAACUGCUUUAUGCAUCUCUACUCUACUAAUAUUAUAUGCAUAAAAUACUUAAUAUAAUUAUAUAAAUUUAUUUAGAAAAUAUUUAAACAACAAAAAUAUUGAAAUAACUUCCAAAAGACAUGCUCAUAAAUGUAUCCAUUCUAAAGUAUUAGUAGAAGAAGAAAAAAUAAGGAAAAUUUAAGAAGCUAGCUCACAUGAAGAUGAUAUUAAUUAUAAGUACACUGAAUAAUCUAGCUUCUAAAAUAUUCGUAUAAAAUUUGAUUAUAGUAAUUUAGAAAAACAUCACUUUUCUAUUCAAAGAUAUAUUGAAUUAAAUUUAAUUCCUGCUGCUGGCAAUUAUUUUGAAGAACUUCUUAGGGUUAGAAGAUUAAACGAACCUAUAAGACUCAGUAGUCGUUAUAAUAAUUAUCCUUGUGGAUACGCUAAAGUAAAUAUUCCUAAAGAUCAUAUUAAUAAUGGUGUUCAAAAUGCAGAUUUUGUCUUUUACAUAACUGCAUCAGAUGAUGAAAGUAAUACCUUGGCUUAUGCAAGUACAUGUGAUGUCUAAGGUACUGCUUCAACUAAAAGGCCUUUAGCUGGUUACUUUAAUAUGAAUCUUAAAUAUUUUAAGUAAGCUAUAAACAGUGGUGAUAAGAUGGCAGUCGCAAAUUGGAUUUAUACCACACUACAUGAAAUGACACAUUCUUUAAUUUUUUCUGAUUACCAUUUUAGUAAUUUCCCAAAUAAUAUUAAGAAAAGGGACAGAUACGGCAGAGUUGUUCUUGCUGACCCUUAAUUAUUAGAAUAUGCUAGAAAAUACUUCAAUUGUCCAACCCUUGAAGGUGUACCUUUAGAAGAUGAAGGUGGAAAUGGUACAGCAGGAGGACAUUGGGAAAGAAGACUCUUAGGAAACGAAAUGAUGACAGGAUCUGAUAUGUAUGAUAGUGUUUUUUCGAAUUUCACUUUGCUUGUAUUUUAAGCUUCUACAUGGUAUUAAAUCAAUUGGAAUAAGGCUUAGCCUUUAAUUUGGGGUUAUGGAGAAGGAUGUAAUUUCUUGGGAACAAACUGUGAUAUUUAAUCUUAAGAAUUCUGCAAUUCAGUAAAUAAAAAUUGCAGUUAUGAUUAUGCCGGCCUUGCUAGUUGUGCAUAAGAUAGUCUUUCUAAUAAUUGUAAGUAUUGGAAAUCUUAUAGUAAUACUCAUUGUAACUAUCCUGAUUAAGGCUAAGCAAAAUAGUGGUAAAGUGUUGGAGGAAAAUCUGGUUCUAAUACUAGAUGUUUCAAAACUGAUUUAUAUAACUAAUGGAAGUGGAAUGGAACUCCACCUGCAUAAGCUUGUUAUGAGAGUAAGUGUAUUUUUAAUGGUAAUUAAGCUAUAAUCAAAUUCAUAGUUUAUGGAAAUGAAUAUUAAUGCAAUUAAAAUAAUUAAGUUGUGAGAAUUGGUAAUAAAGGUAGUGUUACUUGUCCUGAUAUUACUAGGUUCUGUCUACAUAUGUCUGCUUGUCCAGAUUCAUGUUUAGGAAGAGGUACUUGUUUUAAUGGAAAAUGUGUAUGUCACAAAGGAUUUAGUGGACCUACUUGUGAAACUAGAGAAUGAAAAAAUAUAUUAAGAAUAUUAAAUUAAUUUAAUAAUUUUAUUAUUAAAUUUUUAUUAUAAUUUUCAACAUUUUUUUAAUUCAUAAAAAAUAAAUUAUAGAAUAUGUUUCUUUUAUAUAUAUAUAAAUAAUUAAUUAGAUUUUAAAA